CCUUAUCAGUCAAAUCGAUUUUAUAUAUAAAUACAAGAUAAAAACCCAUUUUGUGAAUUUUAAUCAAAAUUGGUAAUAAAAUAUAAUCAUGAACCAAAUUAGAAAUUUAUUGGUUUUAAUUUUGACUUGUAGCAAUUUGACUUUUGGGGCUGAAAUUGUUUGCUACUUUACAAAUUGGGCGGUUUACAGACAGGGCAUUGCCAAAUUUCAAGUUUCAAAUAUUGACCCUCAUCUAUGCACCAUUAUAAAUUAUGCCUUUGUGGGGCUCAAUGGCAACACUGGCGAACUUAAAGUGCUGGACGAUUGGUCAGAUAAUGGUUUAGGUAACGUUAAAAAAGUUAUUGGCUUAAAACAACAAAACAAAAAGCUCAAAGUAUUGAUUUCCAUGGGAGGAUGGACUGAAGGUUCAACAAAAUAUUCGCAUGUAGCUGCAAGUCCGACAUUAAGAGCUACAUUUGUCAAGAGUGUUUUGAAAUAUAUCAAAGCUCAUGGUUUCAAUGGGUUUGAUUUGGAUUGGGAAUAUCCUGUGUCCAGAAAUGGAUCACCUAAAGACGUACAAAACUUCGUAACUCUUCUUUCCGAACUAAAGCGCGCCUUCAAACCUUUCAAUUACUUGCUUACCAUCGCUGUACCAGGUGGUGGAAGCCAAGUGGGCAUUUCCUAUGACGUACCUAAACUUAUGAAUGUCGUUGACUACGUUAAUUUAAUGUUAUACGAUUUUCGUAUGGCCACUUCAGUGAGGUACGCUGCCCAUCAUUCGCCUUUUCAUCCUUGUAGCCAGGAUUCUGGAGAGAAUCGACAACUAAGUGCGAGUGGAGGCAUCCAUCAAUGGAUCGCUCUAGGUGCCAAGCCGUCAAAACUGAUCCUGGGAAUACCAUUCUAUGCCAGAAGCUUCAAAUUGCACAACGCCAACAAACAUAAAUUAUACGACCCCACUGAUGGACCUGGACCGGCUGGACCUCUUUCAAAAGUUGCUGGAUUUUUGUCAUACCAAGAAAUUUGUAAGUAUUAUAAAGACGCCACUUAUGUUUGGAACGAUCAACAACAAUCGCCACAUUCUUACAAAGGUACCACCUGGUACGGCUACGACGAUCCCAGGUCAGUAGGCCUCAAAGCUCAGUACGCUCGUAAGACGGGACUGGCAGGAGUAAUGGUUUGGGAUUUGGAUUUCGACGAUUUUAAUAAUUCGUGCGGGAAAGGAAAAUAUCCUUUGUUAACCGCCAUAAAUAAGGCACUGAAAUUUGAACAAUAAAAUAUUUUGUAUUCUGUUGAAUUUUCGAUUCAGAAACUUGUAUUUUUAAAAAAACAUUUAUUUUAUUAAUUAAAAUACAAUGGUGGCAAAAGAAAAUAUGUGGAUCAAAU